UGGCAUGGAAUCCCUCCAAGAAAAGAUCACACUAUUGAAGAAAGUAUGUGAGAUUUAUAAGCAACUUUCCAAGCUUGAAACACUCAAACCCUGUAACCAUGUUGACAACCUCUUCACCGAACUCGUCCACACAUGCAUCCCGCACUCUUCUAUCAAUAUAGCCACUCUCCCCGAAAGUAUACAUGAAAUUAGAAUUAAGCUCAUUAGACUAUGUGGUGAGGCCGAGGGCCAUCUUGAAGCUCACUUCUCCACCAUUUUAGGCUCAUUCAAAAAUCCACUUCUCCACCUCACCAUGUUCCCUUACUACUCCAAUUACCUAAAGCUUAACCGUCUCGAGUACAACAUCCUCAUUCAACACUAUUCCACUACACAAGCCCCCAAGCGCGUCGCCUUUGUGGGAUCUGGCCCCUUACCCCUCACCUCAAUCGUCCUGGCCUCUUACUAUCUAAAGGAAACAACUUUUCACAACUAUGACAUUGACUUGUUAGCGAAUUCAAUGGCUUCUCAUCUCGUUGCAUCUGAUGAUGACUUGUCCAAAAGAAUGGUCUUUCACACUGCAGACAUAAUGGAUGUGACUAAUGAGUUGCAAAACUAUGAUGUUAUUUUCUUGGCUGCACUGGUGGGGAUAGAUGUUGAUGAAAAAGUUAAGGUUAUUCAACAUUUAGCCAAGUACAUGGCCCCUGGUGCCAUCCUCAUGCUUAGGAGCGCCCAUGGUGCUCGAGCUUUUCUCUACCACGUUGUGGACCCUCAAGUUCUUAAAGGGUUGGAUGUUCUCUCGAUUUACCAUCCUGAUGAUGAUGUGAUAAACUCUAUUGUCAUCUCACGUAAGUAUGGGAGCCCAGCAAACACUAUAGAUCGUAAUACAAUACAAAAAUCGCCAUUUGCAAACGUCAAAAUGGCCAAAAAUCCGCCUCUAAACGCUAUUUGCGACAGAUUUGCAACUGAUUUUUUGGCUCGCAGACAUCUUUGUCACCAAUCCAAUUUACAACCAGCUUUUGCAACCGAUAUGACUUUCCAACCCAUAUUAGGGACCCAAAGAUUUGUCUCUAUAUUUCAUACCGAAUUUGUGAACCCGUUUUAUGACUGGAUUUGUGAUCGCCCUUCUUUGCGACCUAUUUGUGGCUGUGUGUUUUGCAACCGAAAGUGUGGUCGCUUGUUUUGCCACCUCCAGUCUUCUUCUGAUCGUUUUUUGGUCGCAAAUGGCUCUCGAAUUUGCUUUAGAAUAUUAAGAAAAAGAUUGCUACCUUUUUAAUGUCUUCAAGUUUCCUGUUUACAUACAUAUAUAAAUUUCCAAAAAUAUAUAUACAAAUCAAAGGAAAUGUAUUGGAAA